AUGACCAACGGCCGCUACACUAACGGACCUCCUCACUGUUUUAGAGCAGAGAAAAGAGAGAAAGACAAGCUGAGCGCAGAUUCCGACACCGUUCCGCAAAGGAACGAGAGAGGAUUGAGGCAGUUAUCUGCGCGAGCGCUCACAUCCAGAGCCGUGACGUCACUGUGUCCCGGCUCAUACGCGCGUGAAUCGCCUGAAAAUUCUAUGACUCCCUCAGAAACAGUCACUACAGAGCCAAAUAUGGAGCAGAUGAAGCCUCCUCCUGCAACACCUGGGCGUCACACUACAUUCAACGCCUCAGCAACUUCUUUUGGUGUGGGCUGGACCCAGGAUCCUGUGCACAACGGCCUACUGACCGUGCUGUUCCAGAGGGCAGGGUGCAAGAUCUAA